AUGGACGAAUUACCUCAGGUUGACUCCGAUAACAAGCCCUUGAUCUUUCACGAUGAUGCGAUAUCUAAUCACCCAAACACCCAAUCUCCCAUCAAGAUGAAUGAAGAUUGCAUAGAAGAUAAUGAUAUUACAGUAAGAGAUCAUGAGAUCAAUCCAUUUCAAGCCAGCAGUGAUCAAGCUGGUCCGAUGGAAAACGAUCAUGAUAGAUCUUUAGUUGGCAACAUUGUUUAUGCUCCAAACCAGAUGGAAAUCGAUACGAAUAGCAAUUUAAAUCGAGCGGCAGAUGAAGUAAAGAUAGUGGAAUUGACAUUUGAUACACAAAAGACGAGCUUAAAUGCUAAUUUGUAUGAAUCUAGCUCAAUCAAACCGGUAGAGAAAGAUGUCAGUAAAAGCAAUACAGAUGAAACAUUUGCUGUCUCUGGACAAACGGAUACCUUAUUACAAGUAUCGUGUAGUGAUACGCAGGAAAAUAACGAAAUGCAAAUAUCAGAACCAGCAAUGGAUUAUUUUGGUGAUGAAGACGGUGAGAUAAGGUCUAACACUUCUAUCCAUAAAGAUGAAAGUGAGAACCGCAAGUCUGAUGCCCAAUGUCAGCCUUUGUUAGCUGAUUCCCAGCCGCAGUUAGAAUCGAAUAUGAAAGUUUGUCAAGAAGAUGAAAACGCAUUAAAAAUGCCUAUUCAUCCAUCUGUGCCAGAAGGUCAGAGUGAUGAAGAUGAGUUACCAUCAUCUAGUGACUCUAGCGAUAAUGAAGGAUCUGACAGUUGCCGGUCUUUAGAUGGCAACGUCGAAGAGAUAGGACCUGAUAAAUUUCGUUCAGCUCCAACGGUGGAAGGAGAACUAACAUUAGAGAAUCUACCUGAAGUGGAAGAAAUUGAUUUCAAAUUAGAUGAAAGCAUUGCUAUGCAAAAUAUUGGAUCAAUAUCUUCAGUGAUAGAUACCUUAGUUAUUGUGAAGGCCAACGCACUAGCUCCUGCACUAGAUAUCGAUUCUCUAUUAUUUCUGGAAAAUAGACUCUGCAUAGGAAAGAUCUUUGAAACAUUUGGCCCUGUAAAUUCUCCUUAUUACUCUCUCCGAUUUAAUUCGAAAUCGGCGAUAGAAAGAAUGGACCUUAUUCCAUCUAUCGUAGUAUAUUCUGCGCCUGAGGUAAAGGAUUUCACAGGCUAUGUCUUAAUCGAACAAUUACGCCGGGUUAAAGGCUCCGAUGCAUCCUGGAAAAAUGAUAUCGAGCCACCACCUGAUCAUAUUGAGUAUUCUGAUGAUGAAAAAGAAAGGCAAGAAAAAGCACGCUUAAGAAAUAAUGGCAAGGAUAACCUACCCCAGAGUGAUAAAAAACCCAAGAGUAACAAGCGUAGAGGUAAUAAAAGGCAAUAUGAUAGACAACAUGGCGUUAAUCAAACCGGAUUUAAUAGAGGUCACACACGCAAUAGCUACGGACUUUUUGGGUCUAACAGUAAACUGCAACAGAAUUCUUGGAAUAACCCUCGUAACCGCUCUGAUAAAUCUGAUUUUACGCCUACAUCAUUUAAUUUUAAUGGAAAUUACGCCUAUCAAAUGCCUGUUCAAUUUAGUAAUAAUUCGUACACAUAUCCACUUAAUGCAACGCCUACAAAUUCUAAUCAACCUUCAAGUUAUAUGCCUAGUCAUUCGAUGAUUCCUGGGCAAUCCCAACUAGGCUAUACCUACAAUGAACAAUCUAGGCCGACAGUGCCACAGUUUUCGAGCCCCUACGAAAUGUAUCAAUCGUAUAGCUCGACAGGAACUGUGUCUUAUAACCAGCCAUGGUUACCGCCAGAUCCUAAGGCAGAUCAUGAGCAGUGA